AUGCAGCCUGAGAAGGAACAGAAGGGGAAAGGCUUCAAGCGCAGACUGGUCUUGAAGAGCAGCUUAGGUAAAGAAAUACUUGCUGAGGUCCUGGGCACGUUUAUAAUGAUCGUCCUUGGAUGUGGCUGUCUUGCCCAAGCUGUCCUCAGUCGAGGACAUUUUGGAGGAAUUGUCACUAUUAAUGUUGGAUUUGCAAUGGCAGUUGUAAUGGCCAUUUAUGUGGCUGGAGGUGUCUCUGGUGGCCACAUCAACCCAGCUGUGACAUUUGCAAUGUGUCUUUAUGGACGGAUGAAAUGGUUCAAAUUGCCAUUUUAUGUGGGAGCCCAGUUCUUGGGAGCCUUUCUGGGGGCCGCAGCCCUCUUUGGCAUUUAUUAUGAUGGACUUAUGCACUUUACUGGUGGAAAAUUGCUCAUUGAGGGAGAAAAUGCAACAGCACACAUUUUUGCAACGUACCCAGCUCCAUAUCUUUCUCUGACGAAUGCAUUUGCAGACCAAGUGGUGUCCACCACGUUUCUCAUCUUGGCUGUCUUUGCCAUUUUUGACUCCAGAAACUUGGGAGUCCCCAAAGGCCUGGAGCCCAUUGCCGUUGGCCUCCUGGUUUUUGUCCUUUCUUCCUCUUUGGGACUGAACAGUGGCUGUGCCAUGAACCCAGCUCGAGACCUGAGUCCCAGACUUUUCACUGCUUUAGCAGGAUGGGGGUUUAAGGUCUUCACAGCUGGAAAUAACUUCUGGUGGAUUCCUGUAGUGGGCCCUUUGAUUGGUGCUGCCAUUGGAGGCUUCAUCUAUAUUCUUGUCAUUGAAAUCCACCACCCGGGCCCUGACCCAGACUUCAAGGCAGAACAAUCGGAGGACAAACCAGAGAAACAUGAACUUAGUGUUGUAAUGUAG